AACUACAAUUUUUCAUGAAAGCUAUGAUUUGAUAUAGGAGCCCCCAGUGGUGCAGCAGAUUAAACUGCUGAGCUGCUGAACUUGUUUAAAUCUGGGAAGUGGGGUGAGCUCCCGCUGUUAGCAGUUCAAAAACAUGCCAAUGUGAGUAGAUCAAUAGGUACCGCUCCCGAGGGAAGGUAUCAGCGCGCCAUGCAGUCAUGCUGGCCACAUGACCUUGGAAAUAGAGAUGAGCCCCAGAGUCGGACAUGACUAGACUUAAUGUUAGGGGAAAACCUUUACCUUUUACUCUGGUUUGAUCUAAUAGGCUCAAAACCACAGGAGUGGGCUAACAACUUCCCAAAGCAAAGAUGGAUUAAAUGCAGGCCACAGACCACAUCUGGCCCUUUGGGUUCCUGAACAUCCUCAAGUUUCCAUCCUGCAAAGUCCUGAACCCUUUUUAAAAAUAUAUCAAUUUUCAGAGGGUUGUUCACUUGAAAGUCAAUCAAUUCAACCCUAAACCGGUAGUAAAUGUGGUAGUGUACUUCCUCCACCCUCCCAAACUCUGUAAAAGCAAGGGGAAAAGUGGAGGUGAGUAUUUGUUGCUGCCCUCCCCAUCCUAAAGGUGAUCUUAGUGGCAUUGUUUGCACUAGCAGAUCCAGGAUAGCAGGGCUGCUCAGUGCCCUUUGUCCAAUAGGCAUGAAUGGUAAGAAAGAAAAGAGAUCAGAUGGGGAAGGCAUAUUAACAAGGAUGUGAGCAAAUGCCAUUCAGAGAUUAUAUCUAUAUAUAUGUUCAUUUUCAGAAGCUGGAGAGCAACCUCUGAGUAUGUUAAGUGUCUUUGGUCAGCAUCAUGACAUAGUUUAUACAGGUGGCAUGACUGCCUUAUAAUGAUAGUUCAAUUAAAAUUAUCUUUUUACUUGUCUCUUAUGCUGAAGCCUCAAGGGUUUUUGUGUUGGAGGUGCAGUGAAUCCAUUCUCCAUUUUAUCCCAGAGUUUAAAAGAGCUAUCCACAGUGCUGAACUGUAUAUCCCAAUAGGUCAGUGGUUCUCAACCUGUGGGUCCCCAGGUGUUUUGGCCUACAACUCCCAGGAACCCCAGCCAGUUUAUCGGGUGUUAGGAUUUAUGGGAGUUGAAGGCCAAAACAUCUGGGGACCCACAGGUGGAGAACCACUGCAAUAGGUUCACUGCCUGUAUCAUUAAAUAAAUUGCUGUCUUAAAUUAAUAAUUCUGCCUAAAACUGGGCAUGUUUUCCCUUCAUAGCCUAUAGCCACCAUAAUGAAUAGCAAGUGAUGCACAUAAACACCUCUUAAAGUAAAGGUGGGGAAAAUGUGGCCCCUAACUCCCCAAAUUCCUAUGUACCUCCAAGUUCCCAUGGCCCCCAACAUCCUUCAUGCCUUUAGGGACAAUGGGGGCCUAGUAUUUUAAAGCCGUCUGACAUUAUUGCCAUCACUAUCUUUUUUGCUAGUGGUUUCUCUAGUUAAACUGUGCAGUGCUAAUGCUAAUGCCCUUUUAUUGAAUGUGAUGUGUGUGUGGGGGGGGGGGGGGGUGACUGAUGAUAUGGGAAAAUGUCUUUAAAAUCAUCAGGUGGGCUCGUGGCUCAAAAAACAAGAUUUCAGUUCUCUAAGUCACAACAUUGUGUCCCCAGUGUUACAUGCAGAUGUCUGAUUCUGAAAAUAGAAAAAGAGGAAGGGGAACAAAUUUGCUGUAACACUGUCUUCAGUCAUGCUUAUUUUGCUUAUCAAUGUAUGUUUUCCCGGGAAGGGUGUUCUACCAUCACUUGUCAUGCAAUGGUGCAAAAAGGUUUUAUUUAGUGAUAGAAACUGAGGCAAAAUGUAUCUGCAAUUUUUUUAAUUAGGAAGUCAUUUCUUGUUGUAUGCAGUACUUCCUUUGUACCUCCGGGCUAAGAAAACUUGCCUAUGGUUUGGUGUUUUAAAAUCGUCUUCAGACAGUGGUUUCCUGUAAAUAUACAUUUCCUCUCAGCUAUAUGAAAAAGAAACUAUAAAAAGUUAUCGCUCACUGUGCAAAGAAUAGAUUUCUGUUGUUGCAGAAGACAGAACAUUUGGAGCUAAACUGAAGAAGAAGAAAAGCACCCUGAAUGUGUAGUUUUUAUGGUCUUCAUCUAAAUCCUUUCUUUGCAGCUCCACCUGAAAAUGGAAAUGAGAUGGCUAGUUUGGGCAUAUUAUUUCAUCCUAAACCACUUCAUACUAAUGCACCUCAUCAGUGGUCAGUCUGAAAUUAUCAUUAAGAAGGAAGAAUAUGUCUAUGCCUUACCUGGUGAUGAUGUGACUCUAACGUGCAGCAUCCUGAAAGGAAAAGGAGUCCAUGUUACACAAACACAGUGGUCAAAGGUUGAUGCUGCCUCUCAAAGAAAUAUUGGUGUAUAUAAUCCUCGCUAUGGGACAGUAUACACUGACAGAGGUUACAACUAUUCCAUAAACUUCCGAAAGUCCUUCCAAUAUUGUCAGACAGACUUCAGCCACAGCCUUUCUUCAACAAAUCAUAUGGAAUGCGAUCAGUGGAUUCUGCAGAUGAGGAAUGUGAGUCUUGAACAGUCUGGCUUGUAUGAGUGUAGCUUUGCUACAUAUCCAGCAGGAACAACCAGCUCAGAAAUCAAUCUUGUUGUUAUGAAGAGUGAUGACAAGAACUUUGUGGUAGAAACACUGCUAAACCAGACACUGGAAAUCCCAUGCUUGAAAGACAUGCCUUCUGAAAACCUGACAAAUGCUUCUUUGAACUGGUUUCUGCAGAAAGAGAACAAGAAUGAAGAGUUACUUAUAAGUAAACAGUCAUAUUAUGGUCAUGAAUAUAUAACCAGACCCACAUCAUUCAAGGAGAGAAUCAAGAUGAAUCAAGAAAACACAUUAAUAAUCUCGCCUGUGUCGGUCUUUGAUGAUGGCACAAAAUUCAUCUGUUCUGUCGUCUACCAGCCUGGAAGAAUGAUUAGGAGCACUACAGUUGUGAAAGUCUUUGUUAAACCAGAAAUCUCCAUUACUCUCAACGAAAACUUCAGAGGAAAGGCUAAUUUUACCUGUAUGGUAAGGAAGGCAUUUCCCAAGCCAAAACUGCUGUGGUAUAUAGGUGGAGAGAUCCUUAAGGACAAAUCUGAAGGCAUAUUCAUGGAAAAUGAAGAACCAAAAGUUGCAGGAGGUUUUUUUGAGAUGAGAUCACUGCUGACAAUAUGGAGCACAACUCAAUUACCCAUCAACCAGAGUUUCAAAUGCAUAUCUGUCUAUCGUUUCCCUGGAAAUCAAACACAGAAUGUCUCAUCUGAAGAAGUUGUUAUUUCUUAUGGUUUGCAGAAGACUGUAAAAUCCAUCAAACCCAGUAGACAAGUUACUCCAGUUUUAGAGUCCUCUACAAUAAGAACUCUGUCAACUGGAAGAGUGGCUGAAAAAAGUACACUGACUAUUCCUGAUCAUUCAUUCACUGCAAAGAAUUGGUUGAACAGUACGGGAAAUUUGUCCACUGAAAGAGUGGUUGAACAAACCACAGUGAGUAGCUCUGAUAAUUCACCCACUCUAAAAGGCCGGUUCAAUACCAAUGGCACCACAACAAGUCCAAAACAUACAAAUUUCUCCUGGCCAGCGGUUGUAGCUGCUCUGCUUUCCUUCUGCACAUUUUUUAUCAUUUUGGGGAUCAGAAAAUGGUGCCAGUAUCAAAAGGAAAUAAUGAACAGACCACCAUCUUUCAAGCCACCACCACCUCCCAUUAAGUAUACCUCUAUGCCAGUAAGUUACGCAUCCUGCAAUCAACUGGAAAAUCUUUAAUGGACCUGAAGUGUUCUGGUCUAAUAAUGAAUUCUUUUACUGUAUGUCUUUUAUAAUAGAUUGCAAGAGUUCCCUAGCAGUGACCCAUAUUCCAAUUUAGACUGCUUAAUCUUGCAUUAAUGCUGGGAACACAACUGAUGUAGUGAAGCCGAACAAAUCUCAUAUUACAGGUACUCAGUCUGAGUUGCGUGAUCAAGAAGGAACUGGUGUAAUUAGUUUUGCCUAUCUGUUUAAAGUUCCUAGUUACUCUCAAGAAUGUAUUUUUCUCCAUGUUUAUUUUCUAACUAUUUAAAUAAACCACUUGCGUCCA